UAUUAGUUAAUAUUUGUUUGUCCUAUACAUUGGUUAUAUUGAAGAAAAAAUAGUGACUAUAAGAAGAAAUAGUUUAUGUGUAUUUAAAAUUUUUUAGAAUUUUAAGCAACGAAAAAUAUUUUUUAGUGACGCAUUUAACUCUUAUUUUUGAAACGUGGCAUUUCAUACCAAAAGACGUUAAAUAAUAGAGUGUGUCUAACUUGUUUUUUAUUCAAAGAUGGAAAAGAAACCGAGAAAUUGUCUAUUAUUAUUAUUGUUACUUCUAUUCGGAGCAGGUUUUCCGACUUCAUUAUUCUUUUUGAAUAAAAGUAGUAAACAAGAUACACCGGGGAAUAAGAAAGCUAUUGAGAAGGUGUCACCUAGCGCCGCCGAUAAUAAAUUAGUUUUAUUAAAAGAUGCAUCUGAUAGCCAACAGUCAAGAAAUCUGUUUAAUAUUUCAUUUGGUGACAAUUUUGGAAUUAUUCAGUUGAUUAAACCCAUUCCUGCCGAAGAGUUUUACAAGGUGAAUUGCCUAGAUGUAAAUAAUACAGAAACAGAAAGCAACAUUGAUAACUUACCAAACGAAGAAAAUUCUUCAUUUAUAUUUAAUCUCAUUCCGUCAAGUACUUAUCAUUUAGAAAUUGCGACUUGUAAUAAAACAAGUUGUUCUAAACCUUUAGUGACUGAGGAAUUUCAUACUGAUUCUAUUUCAGAUGAACGUGCACCUCCAAGAGAGCUCAAGGUGUCAAGCAUUACAGAUAGUGGAUGCAUUGUUUCUUGGAAAAAACCCAAAAAUAAAUCGAAAUUGCAAAGUUAUACUUUAAAAGUAUGGGAAAGUAACAAAUUUCCUGAUGAGUUGUCUUAUGACCAAUCUGAUUAUGUACAUAGUAAUGAUGAAAUUUCUGAACCGCUUUCUAAACUAAAGCAUGGAACUAACUAUACAAUCGUUCUUAAUGCUGUUUAUAGUAACGGAAAUGACAAUUCUAAUCUCACAGCAAAUUUUACCACCUUAAAUAAAAAUUAAUAGUACGGAACAUAGUCUAUAAAAUGAGGAAGUUUAAUUUUACUGUCCGACUAUCAUGAAAAUAAUAUUUCCAAACAUUGCAUAUACAUCAACAUUGAAAGAAAAUAAAGUUUCAAACAUUAAGUAAUACAUGUAUUUCUACCCCACAAACAUAACA